UUUAUGGUUCAAGAAUGUUGAUUUUUAGUUACGAUUAACAUACCAGCUUCACCAAGUUUAGAUCUUCAGUUUUUGGAGCUUCUCAGUAGCCUUGUUAGUAGUAUUUGUUGAGGAGAAUUUCUUCAGCUUUCCAAUGAUCAACUUAGAGCCAGUCUCCCCAUCUGAGCUAACAGAGUCUUCAUCAGAGCUAGCUAUCAAGUAUUUCUUGAUAGGGGCUUGGAUCAAAUACCCGGACUUUCUUCUCAGGAUCUCGUUGUAUCUUUGACUUGAGUUUCUGUCGUAGAUGUUGCUAUAUGGAUUCGCAGAUUUACCUUCUUCCCAGCUCACAUCUUCACUAGGCAAGCUCUUCUCCUCUUCAGAGUCACUCUCGAAGCAGCACUUGCUGUUGAUGCUAUUCUUUGAGAUGAUCUUAGAGCUUGAGAUUUUAGUACUAAAAUUGGACACAGGGCCAGCCUUCACCUUGCUUACCGAGGAAUUGGAGUACUUACUAGUGUCGAAAUAAGUCACACCAAUCACCUUCGAAGCAAUGUCCCUGCGGUUAUUAGUAGGACUUGGAGUAUACUCAGCACUGGAGGAGCUACAUUCUGACUUCUUGUCCUCCUGGAAUUUCUUGACACGAAUCAUAGGUGACUUGAAUGAGAUAAUCUUCUCCCUAGACACAGGCGUCUUCAUUACGUGUGUCUUCUUCUUAAUUUGUAAGAAGGUGCUUUUGCCCAAAUUUUGGGGUUUAGGUGGUUCUAAAAACAUUAAUAUUAUAAAUCAUCUUC